UUGACAGUUUAGACAACAAACGUUUUAGUCCUUAUUUGCCCAAAAAUGAACGAAGUCGAGAAACUUGAAUAUUUAUCUCUCGUGUCUAAAGUAUGUACCGAAUUGGAAAACCAUCUCGGGAUGAACGACAAGGAUUUAGCCGAGUACAUAAUCCACCUGUCUGAGAAGCACGACACUGUGGAUAGUUUCAAGAAAGUUCUGGUUGAGAAUGGCGCCGAAUUUUCCGACUCUUUCGUGUCAAAUUUGCUCCGAAUUAUCCAACACAUGCGCCCCAAAAAGACAAAUCAGACGAGUAAAGUGAACUCGAGUCAUGAACAGGAUUCUUUAGCGGCGAAAUUCCCGGGUUUGGCUUUGCCGAAUGAGCCUCAGAAGCCCCCCACGCCGGAGGUUGAGACCAAGGGGGAGGAUGAGGAUAUUGUGGCCGAUUUAAUGGCCCAGUUGGAGGCUGAUGCCCCCUCACAGGCCAAAAAUGAAACGAAGGAAAAGAGGGAGAGGAGUAGGAGUCCGGAGCGGAAGCGUAGGAGGAGGGAGAGGUCCAGGUCUAGGGAUAGGAGACGGAGGUCGAGGGAGAGGUCCGGGAGAAGGCGUCGGAGUCGGAGUAGGUCACGUAGGAGGAGAAGUAGGAGUAGAAGUGUUUCCCCAAGAAGGAGGGACAGGAAAAUCAAGCGGGAAAGCCCAGAAUUGGAUGAGGAUCCAAUCCCUGGAAAAAUUUAUACAGGAAAAGUCGCAAAUAUUGUCCCUUUUGGUUGUUUUGUCCAGUUGGAAGGUUUGCGCCGUCGUUGGGAGGGUCUAGUCCACAUUUCCCAAUUAAGGGCUGAAGGGCGAGUUACAAACGUUUCUGAAGUCGUUUCACGUGGAAUGAAAGUCAAAAUCAAAGUUUUAUCAGUGACCGGUCAAAAAGUCUCCUUAUCAAUGAAAGAUGUUGAUCAGGUGACCGGAAAAGACCUCAAUCCCCUCUCUCACGCUCCUACCGAACGUGAAGACAAAGACCGGAACCCAGAUCGUCCCAUGAACACCGGAACUUCCGUUUUGCGUCUUCCUGUCGGCAUCGAUGAAAACGAGGAAAACUCCCGGAAACGCGUGACCCGGAUUUCGAGUCCGGAACGCUGGGAAAUCAAACAAAUGAUUUCCUCGGGAUGUAUCGACAAGAGUGAAUUGCCGGAUUUCGACGACGAAACCGGACUUUUACCCAAGGAUGAAGACGGCGAGGCCGACAUCGAAAUCGAGCUCGUUGAGGACGAACCUCCUUUCCUGCAAGGUCACGGGAGGGCCCUCCACGAUUUGAGUCCCGUUCGAAUUGUGAAAAACCCCGAUGGGUCUUUAGCCCAAGCUGCAAUGAUGCAAUCGGCGUUGGCUAAAGAACGUCGCGAGCAAAAAAUGCUUCAACGAGAACAGGAAAUGGACUCGCAACCGUCCGGAAAAAACAAAAACUGGAUUGAUCCACUCCCCGAAGAUGAGAAUAAAACGAAUUCGGCGCGAGGGAUCGGUUUGCAAUCCCAGGAUUUACCCGAAUGGAAGAAACACGUGAUUGGGGGGAAAAAAUCUUCGUUUGGGAAAAAAACUAAUUUGAGUAUUUUGGAGCAAAGACAGAGCCUCCCCAUUUAUAAGUUGAAGGAGGAGUUGAGGAAGGCCGUGACCGAUAAUCAGAUUUUGAUCGUGAUUGGUGAGACAGGGUCGGGGAAAACGACCCAAAUUACUCAGUAUUUGGCCGAGAGUGGGUUUACAGCUAGGGGGAAGAUUGGGUGUACGCAACCGAGGAGGGUGGCUGCCAUGUCGGUGGCGAAGAGGGUAGCGGAGGAGUUUGGAUGUAGAUUGGGACAGGAAGUGGGGUACACAAUCCGGUUUGAGGACUGCACAAGCCCGGAAACAAUCAUCAAAUACAUGACAGACGGUAUGUUACUUCGUGAGUGUCUCAUGGACUUGGACCUCAAAGCCUACUCGGUGAUAAUGUUAGACGAGGCCCACGAACGCACUAUUCACACUGACGUCCUUUUCGGCCUCCUCAAACAAGCCGUCACGAAACGUCCCGAACUCAAACUAAUCGUCACUUCGGCAACUCUCGACGCUGUUAAAUUCUCACAAUACUUCUUCGAAGCUCCAAUUUUCACAAUUCCAGGUCGUACAUUCCCGGUUGAAGUUCUUUACACGAAAGAGCCCGAAACCGACUAUUUGGACGCGAGUCUAAUCACCGUGAUGCAAAUCCACCUACGUGAGCCCCCCGGCGAUAUUUUAUUGUUUUUGACUGGUCAGGAGGAAAUCGACACGGCUUGUGAGAUUUUAUACGAAAGAAUGAAGUCGUUGGGACCGGAUGUCCCCGAAUUGAUUAUACUUCCGGUAUAUUCGGCGCUGCCAUCCGAGAUGCAGACCCGGAUUUUUGAACCGGCGCCGCCCGGAAGCCGGAAGGUUGUCAUCGCGACGAAUAUAGCGGAGACUUCGUUGACCAUUGAUGGGAUUUUUUACGUCGUAGAUCCCGGAUUCGUGAAACAAAAAGUGUACAAUUCGAAAACGGGGAUGGACUCGUUGGUGGUCACGCCCAUUUCGCAGGCACAAGCCAAGCAAAGGGCGGGGCGUGCUGGACGGACGGGGCCCGGGAAAUGCUAUAGGUUGUACACAGAGAGGGCGUAUCGGGAUGAGAUGCUGCCUACUCCAGUUCCGGAGAUACAAAGGACUAAUUUGGCCACGACUGUGUUGCAGUUGAAGACGAUGGGGAUCAACGAUUUGUUGCAUUUUGAUUUUAUGGAUGCGCCGCCUGUCGAAUCGCUAAUUAUGGCCUUGGAGCAGUUGCAUUCGCUGUCGGCAUUGGACGAUGAGGGGCUUCUCACGCGUUUGGGGCGGAGGAUGGCUGAGUUUCCACUCGAGCCCAAUUUAUCAAAAAUGCUGAUUAUGUCCGUCGCUCUUCAAUGUUCCGACGAGAUUUUGACAAUCGUCAGCAUGUUGUCAGUCCAAAACGUCUUUUAUCGUCCUAAAGACAAACAAGCAAUUGCCGAUCAGAAAAAAGCCAAAUUCAACCAACCAGAAGGCGACCAUUUGACACUUUUGGCCGUUUACAACAGUUGGAAAAAUAAUAAGUUUUCGAAUGCGUGGUGUUACGAGAAUUUCGUGCAAAUAAGGACGUUGAAACGGGCACAAGAUGUCCGAAAACAAUUGCUAGGGAUCAUGGAUAGGCACAAGUUGGAUGUCGUAUCGGCUGAAAGAAAUACAGUGAGGGUGCAAAAGUGUGUAUGUUCGGGGUUUUUCAGGAAUGCGGCGAAAAAGGACCCCCAGGAGGGGUACAGGACGCUGGUGGACAGCCAAGUGGUGUACAUACACCCCUCAAGCGCCCUCUUCAACAGACAACCAGAGUGGGUGAUUUAUCACGAAUUGGUGCAAACCACGAAAGAAUACAUGCGCGAGGUGACCACAAUCGACCCAAAGUGGCUCGUGGAGUUCGCCCCCGCCUUCUUCAAAUUCUCAGAUCCGACAAAACUGAGCAAAUUUAAGAAGAAUCAACGUCUGGAGCCACUUUAUAACAAAUAUGAGGAACCUAACGCUUGGCGAAUAUCGCGAGUGAGAAGGAGGCGUAAUUAAGUGUAAAUAAAAAAUAAUAAUUUACUUUU